AUGGAUCUUUUUUAGUUGUUUUUUGCCCCUUAUGUUACUGCCAAUGCCGAUUCAACUGCAUAUUUUGUCUUUCUGGAAGUUAAGCUCCCUUUUGGCCAUAGAUUUUGGAAGUUCUUUUUCCUUUUUUUUUUUGGAAACAUUGUUUGUCCAUGGAAUUUGAUCAAGUUUUGAAAAAAAUUUUGACUUCAAGCUUUUCCAAAUAAAAUGCAUAUCCAAACACGACUUCAAGUUCCAAAAAUUAUUUUUCAGCACAACUUUAAAAACUCUUUCUUUCAAGUUUCACAAAAUCUAUGGCCAAACACUAGCUUAGUUCUGCAAAGCCAAUUUCUUGAAAAACACAGUUGCUAGUUACAUCUUGAUUCUCUUCGAUUUCUGUAACAGCUUUUAAGGAGUAGUUGUUUUGGAAUCCUUUGCUCUUAAUUAUAGAUUAAUAUUUUAACUACGAGUAACUUUCAGAUUUCAAACUUUAUCUUUACAUGUCUCAGAAGCAUUGUUUAUGUUUUACACUAGAAAGAGAAGAACUGAUUCGUUCUUAUAGUGUCCAAUUGUCCCACAUCAAAGGAGGCUAAUAUGAGGACAGCAGAGAACUGCUAUAAAAGCGAAGGCCCAAGACCUAGCUAAAGCAUACCUUUCUCGGCCUUUUGGCUAAGAUCAAGUGUAGUAUCUGUUCUUAUCAGUUUAAUAUCUGAUAUGUGGGUCAUCGGCCCACACGAUAUUAACUCAAUUUUUUAAGGGGGAGAGUCCAUUAAGAUAGCUUGCUAUCUGGGCUCUCAAGUGUCGCCCAUGCGUUGCACUACUGCACGGGCCUGGCGCACCCCACCAAUUCUAGUAAAAUUUUUGGGUACUUGUCUAAAAUAUAAGCCCAUCCCUGACAGAGGCUCAAACCUGGCUGAGUAUUUUGUUAUUCAGUUACUUAGUGGAUAACCUCUGGCAAAGCAAUUACAUUAGAGAGUUGGAUUAGGUCCAAAACUCUUUUCUCAACUUAAUAGCAGAGCCAUUUUAAUGUUGCGUACUGGUUUGGUUCUGAUUGAAAAGUAGUCAUACAAGUCCAAUAAGGUGCCUUAGAGCCUGGAUGGGCUUGUGGUUUGUAAGUUAAGGGAAUUCUAUGACUUUUGGCUAAAGAACAAGUGUUUAAAACACUUUUUUACUGGCUUAAAAGCACCUUAAAUAAGCCAAUCCAAACAGGCUCUUAGAGCCUACUUUGUUACCUAAUAAAUGUCGACGUUAGGUCCACCAGAAAGUUUCUUAACUACGCCCAAACAAAGAUGAUUUAGUUUAGUAUAAACUGUUCACUUUAUUUACGAUAGGAUCAUCCAUUUACAAGAUUGGUAUCAAGAAUGUCAUAAAUGCUCUUUUAUUUUCAAAGGUUUAUAAAAGCUUCAAUUUCAUAACAUGAUGAUCUUUACCUAAAAUGGCUGGAAAUUUUCUUUUCUAAACCAAACAUGGUAAGUGAACCAAGUUUGGAGAUAAUCUUAAUUUGUCCAUUCCGAUACAAAUGUAUCAUAAUUGUGAUAUGAUGCUACAAAGCAAUAGGUCAUCUUCACUAUAACACCAACUUGUAAUGAUUUGUUGCCUCCUUAUGUUAACAACCGUUUACAUAACAUCCUGCAUUAUUAACAAGGAAAAAAACCUAUUGGAGAUUGAAUGAAUCUCAAAGAGUCCCACAUCAACGUAUUACUUAAUAAGUACUUUUUUUAGGAUUUACUAUUCUAUUUAAUUCAAAUUAAAACUUUUUGAAUAUUUGCAAGGAGAUCGAUAAGAAGGAACUCUCACGUCCGAUUUUGUAGUAGAGAUUGAAUUGAGAAACAACCAUCAGCUAUAACCCAAAAGAACCAUACUCCAUUCCAAUAGUCCAUGUAGUAUGAUACUAUCAUCUCAUUGGAAUAAUUAUUCUCGACACCCUCCAUAUGAUCUUGUCUAUUCCUCCCUUUCUUAUUGAGAUGUCCUAUUUUCUGUAGGAACUCCUCAACUUUAAUUUUUCAUGAAUCUUGAACGGUCUCCUCAUGAAUCUUUUACCCAUGUAAUUCCCCUAUCUGUGAUCAUAAAUAGAGCUCCAAAAGGUUUUUCCCUAUGUUCAAAGGAUUAAGACAUUUAGCUCUUAAAAAAUAUAAUUAGUUAAGGUUUUUUCAUUAAUGCUGAUUUUUCCAUAUUAGAUUUUAGGCACAAGUAGUUUCACCACUCUGAGCUUGUAUAAGGAAGUCAACAGGGCACUGAUCGGUACCAACUUAAUGAAUGUGUCAAGUCGUGCAAUAAAUGUACCUUAUUUUAUAGAUUUCAUUCACACCCAUUCUUCUUUUUUCCAUUGUGCAAGUCAUGCCUAUAUACAAAUGUAUCUUGUUUUUUUAUUUUUAUUUUUAAAAGAAAUAAAAGUAGUAAACAUUAAGUUAUCCAGGAGUAAUAUUUAUCCAAUUAAGACAAGGAAUGUUAAUUGAUACGACUGCAAUUUUCUCUCUACUCUCUUUUGAUAAGGGCAAACUUCAAACAUGAUUAGCAGCGCCAGAUGGUACUAUAUGACUGGAAAUCAAGCCAUGCGAGUCAAAUGUUUGUUCUGUUUGGUUGCAUCAUUUUUGAAUAAGCAUAGUGUAUGAGUUACCAAGCCUGAGGCCUCCUUUUUUAAGGGAAUUAGCCACUAUGCUAGAAGCUGUGAAUUGAGUUUGAAAUGCUAGGAACGGUGAAAUUGUACAUAGCAAUACGCUUCGAAGAAGAUCUCCAAUGAUGGAUGUAAAUCCUAGAUCUGUGGUUGAAAGGGAUAAUGCUUUGCAAAGAAACAAUGUUUCAAGGCCACUAGACGAAAUUGAUCCAAAGACAGAAAAAUUCCCUUGUUGCCUUGUUGGGGCUCCUCUCCCUGUGGUUUCUUGGCUUGCACCUUUUGUCGGGCAUGUUGCCAUAUGCAGGGAGGAUGGUACUAUUGUUGAGUUUUCUAGAGCCAGCAAGAUUCAUGUUGGUAGUCUCAUUUACGGGGAUGCAGCCAGAUACUAUCAGCUAGAUAGACAGCAGUACUGUUUUCCUCGCACCACCCUUGCUGGACACACAUGCAACCAGCAUCACAAACAUGCUGAAUUUGGGCCAGGAGUAAGUUGGGAUGAUGCUGUUCAACUUUCUACGCGCAACUUUGAGUACAGAAAUUUCAACCUUUUCACUUGCAAUGGCCUCUCAUUCUUCGCUCAUUGCCUGAACCGGCUAUCGUAUAAAUGGUCAUUGAAUUGGAAUAUGGUUAAUGUUGGAAUUCUUAUACUGUUCAAGGGGCAGUGGGUCAACGGCUCAGCAAUCUUAAGAUCAUUUGUGCCUUUCAUUGUGAUGCUUUGCUUCGGAGUUUUAAUGCUUGCAUGGCCGUAUGUGGUUAUGAUAUUGGGCUUUUUUCUUUUUAUUGCUGGAUGGUAUCUCUUGGUAACUUACUGUUUCAAGAGUCUUCUGGAAGUUGAUGAUUAGGACCUUCUGCUGUUAG